AUGAGUCAAAAAACAAAAAUAACGAAGACAAAGAUGUCAAAGAAGAAAAAUAACGAAGAGGAAAAUAACGAGACCAUUGAAGAUAGCAACACUGAUAAAAAUAGCGACGCUACUAAAAAUGACGUCACCAGUGGAUCUAGCGACAGGUUAGUGUAAAAUGAUUCUACUGCUAUUAAAGUGAACAUGCAUGACAGGAAAUUUUCUCCUUAAUUUUUAUGCAUCACCUGAAAGUGUCUUGAAAAUUAUGACGAACCAUUUAUUCACAGUUCAUCUCGUUCCCACGUUAUCGGGCAGUUGUACUUUUCGUGGCAUCAUUUUCAACAAGUUGACAUUUAAAUUUACAGUCUACACGGGCAGAAGCGAAUUAGCGCCAGUGGGAUCGGGCGUUAAUGCUCAAGGCUCCUUUGUUUACGCCAUUGAAGCAAGUCCACGAAACGAUUGACUAUGACAUAAAACCCGACAUUCUGGCUUUCCAAUAUAAGCAUAAUUAAAACUGUAAUAUUUUGUUAUAUAAGAUUUAAACUGUAUAUAGUAAAAUAAGUAAAGAAAUACAGUGCAUGCAUGGGAUACUGUGUUUUGGUUUUGUCACAUGCCUGCCUUGAGAUUGCAUGGGUAAUUUUGUCACAUGCCUGCAUUGAGAUUGAGUAAUUUUGUCACAUGCCUUGCCUUCAGGUAAUUAUGGCGUCACAUGCCAAAUGAAAGCAAGAUGUCCCCAAAUUGUCUACGUUCCAGUUUUCUGAUGUGAAAAAGCGCUGACAGAAAUAUGAAUAGAAGGUCCUAGGUAUAGACUGAGUGUUUGGUAUUUUUCAUUGGCGAGAUAAUACACUUUAAGGCGAGUUUAGGCGAUUUAAAAAAAUUUCGGCAUGUUUUUGGGUGCGAGUUAGGGGGAUUGAAAUCGAAAUAAGGUAGUUUAAGUUCCGAGAGCAAGUCUUUUAAUGUUUACAUCUAUUACAGAAUUUAGCCAUUUGGUAUUCCAACCAUGGGUUAUAAAUUCCAAAUUUAAAAACUGGUUCGCAAAAAUAUUAUUUCAGGUGAAAGAGAUUCGACACCUUUAUCAAAGCGGGUUUAAUUUUUCAUGUUGCAUGCAAUGUCACUGACUGGAGUUUAUAAAAUAACAAAUAAAACGUUCACUAAACCUAUGUUUCCCUUGUAGGAAGUUGAAAAAAUUUCCGUCAAGUAAAAGGAGUACAAUGAGUGAAACAAAAAAAAAAUAACGAAGACAAAGACGUCAAAGAAGAAAAAUAACGAAGAGGAAAAUAACGAGACCAUUGAAGAUAGCAACACUGAUAAAAAUAGCAACACUGAUAAAAAUAGCAACACUGAUGACGUCACCAGUGGAUCUAGCGACAGGUUAGUGUAAAAUGAUUCUACUGCUAUUAAAGUGAACAUGCAUGACAGGAAAUUUUCUCCUUAAUUUUUAUGCAUCACCUGAAAGUGUCUCGAAAAUUAUGACGAACCAUUUAUUCACAGUUCAUCUCGUUCCCACGUUAUCGGGCAGUUGUACUUUUCGUGUCAUGACGCAGCAAAAAAAAGAAAGUCUAAUGUCUCAGAAGAGAUUCUACGAAAUGAAAUGUUGUAGUUAGUAAGUGCAUGCACCUAGUAAGCAAACCUUUUGGAACGUUUAAAAUGAUAUAUACACUUCCUUUAAAUCGACUUAUUUUGAUAAAAAGCAGCGUGCAUUCCGCCAUCUUGGAUAUAUGCAUUCGAUAUGCAUACGUCACAAGUAAGGUGUAAAAAGCGAAAUUUUUAUCUUGCAAACCAACAUGCCAUUAUCAAUAUGAAAUUCGAUUUUCCAAAGUCUUUUUACAGUACUCAAUUAACUCACAACAUGUUAAGAAACUUUUCGAAGAAAUUUAGUCCCGCAUGAAAAAAUUUACCCAGCUUCUAACGUCAUCAAAAUCUCAGUUAAUUAGGUCAAUUAUAUAAUACCAAAAUGGCGGACUGCACACUGUUUUUGGUUAAAAUAUUUUAAAAACCAAGCAAGGUACAAAAAAGUUGUGAAGGGUCUUCAUAUAUAACUUUAAAAGUUCUUUCAAAUAAGACAAAGUUAAUUUUUAUUGCCAUAUCCUUUAAAAUUCAUUAAAAUUAAAAUUCCUAAAGUAGGGUUAUCUAUUUCGUUUACCCAUAAAAAUGUAAUUUAAACCUAACAAUGGUUGUAAUUCCCGUUGAAAAACGGGACUCAAUUCUGUAUUUUGAGUUAAACCAGUGCAAUAUGCAUAAAUCACGUUGUAUAUUUUAGGAUAGCGUGAAUAUAAAAUAGCUGCAGGCACACAAUAUUUUCGUAGUCUUAACCAUAAAAAUGUAUAUUUUGUUAAUUUGGUAGCAGCAGUGAAACCGAAAGCACGACGGACGAAAAUGGAAAUAAUUGUGGCGAUGAAGAGUGCCAUAAAAUUUACGAUGACGUUGGACAUAUCAAACAACGUGUGGGAGAUGAAAGAAUCCUUGGAUCAAAGGCUCAGUUCUGCGCUGCUUUCUACCAUGUUCACGAAUGGAACUUCGGAAAAAGACAGCACUAUUGUCUUGAUGAAACAAAUUGCAUUAUCGCCAAGAGAGUAAGUGCCAACAACAACAACUGGUCUCUACAAGCCCUAAACGUAGUUGCUGUUGUAAAAUUCGAAGAUGAAAAUGGAAUAAUUCUGUAUGAAGGAAGAUACACCAACUGCGGCAAAGAGCAAAAACAUGCCGAAGAUUUCUUUAAAGACGACAUAGAAAAUGGAGAGUUGACAGAGAAAGUGAAAGCCAACCAAAAUGGGACAAUAACCUUGUACCUUACGUAUCAGCCGUGCAACAAGUCCACUGAAGGAACAGCAAACACUCCGGCCGACAAAACCUGCUGUGAAACACUUACAACAGUAUUUGAAGGCAUACUGCGGCAAAAUAAUAUAAGUUUGUGCGUUAAAGCAGCCAACACAUCUCGAUUAAGUCUAACAAAAGAAACUGAUGCAGUAAAAGAGAAGUUGCGAAACAAUGCUGUAGAAGGAAUAAAGGAGCUAAUGAGAAUUGGUGUAAAUAUCAGUGAAAUGACACCCGAAGAUUGGGACUAUCUAGUUACCAUGACAGAAGAUUUUCUGCCUCGCAGACAUUUAGAUAAAACUGUUCAGAGUGUUCUCGAGCGAAUAUGUGCACGGAUUAAUAAACGUAAAACCCCAUAA